AACCGCCGCCGGGACCGGCCGCCCAGGCAGGGAGCAGGGGGUGGGGAGGAGGGGAAGGCGAGGGGCUCCACCAUGGUGACGGCCCUGCCCGGCGCCCCCCGCCCCUCCGCGCUGCCCCCGCUCCGCCCCCGCAGCGGAUCGCGGUGACGGAAAAAUGAGCGAGGAGACGGCGGCUGCUGACCACGAGAACAGUUACGCCCGCGUGCGAGCGGUGGUGAUGACCCGGGAUGACUCGAGCGGGGGCUGGCUGCCCCUCGGAGGGGGUGGCCUGAGCAGCGUCACCGUCUUCAAGGCCCCGCGCCCCGAAGAGCACGGCCGCGCCGACCUGCUGAUCCGCGGAGAGCGCCUGCGGGACCAGACGGUGGUUUUGGAAUGCGUGCUCAAGAAGGACCUCAUUUACAACAAGGUCACCCCAACCUUUCACCACUGGAAGAUCGACAACCAGAAGUUCGGCCUCACUUUCCAGAGCCCCGCGGACGCCAGAGCAUUCGAUCGAGGUAUCCGCCGAGCGGCCGAGGACCUCUCUCAAGGUUGUCCAGCACCCCAGGGAGAAGCAGACGUGGCCGACGGCAGUUUGCAAGCAGCAGAAGAGAAUAAUUCCAGUUCUCUCAGAAAAGAGCGCAUCUUCCAACAAGAAACAGUGGUGACCAGUGAGCCUUACCGCAGCUCCAGCACCCGGGUCUCGCCAUUCGAAGAGCUGAAUUCCAGAAGGGCCUUCUUGCACGGCCAAUCCAACCAGGUGGUGUACAGCCAAGCGAGCGUGGACGCCCCCCUCCAGGGCAGACCCGUUGACUCCAUCCAGCGCCCGGUAGCCAAGGACUGUGGAAGCCUCAAGUCCCACGGCCGGGUGCCCUUGAAACCCAUCAGGCACGUGAGCUUUCAAGACGAGGAUGAGAUCGUCAGGAUCAACCCCCGUGACAUCCUCAUCCGGCGCUACGCCGACUACCGGCACCCCGACGGCUGGAAGACGGACGGGGACGGCGAGGGCCCGGACCCCGGCAUCCAGCCGGCCAAGCUGGACGGCAAAAAGUCGGACCCGGGCUUCUCGGGCGGGGACGGGACGAAGGCGGGGGUCCUCAAGGACGCCAAGGGAUCGGGGGCGGUCCUGAGGACCCAGCCCGCCCCGCUCAAGGCCAAGAAGGCCAAGCGGCGGAAAGAGGACGGCGAGCGGUCCCGCUGCGUCUACUGCCAGGAGCGCUUCAACCUGGAGGAGAACGGGCGGGGCCGCUGCCAGGACGCCCCGGACCCCGUCAGGCGCUGCAUCUACCAAGUCAGCUGCAUGCUGUGCGCCGAGAGCAUGCUCUACCACUGCAUGUCCGACUCCGAGGGGGACUUCUCCGACCCCUGCUCCUGCGACCCCGGCGACGGCAGCUUCUGCCUGCGCUGGCUGGCGCUGGUGGCCCUGUCCCUGCUGGCCCCGUGCAUGUGCUGCUACGGGCCCCUGCGCCUCUGCCACCGCUGCGGGGAGGCGGGCGGCUGUUGCGGUGGCAAGCACAAGGCCGCCGGCUGAGGCGGCCGCCGGGCCACGCCGGGUCUUGAAAUCUGGGUUCCCGGGAGCCGGACGACCGGACCGGGGGCGGAGACGCUCCCGUUGCCCCCCAAGGCCGGGAGCCGGCCACGCCUGACUCUUUAGCGCCCACUCUUUCCCUCCGCCCUCCCCCCGCCCCCGGCCCGGCCACCGGGGAGGGCAGACACGGGGUGGUCCCCGCCCUCUUGAGCGGGAGCCGCGGAGGCGGUCCGGUCCACGGGAGCGCCGGGGUCCGGACGGGACCCGGUGGGUGGGCCGGCUGGGGGCGCGACGUAGAGGACGCUGGGACCGGUCAGACCGCCGCAGCGGAGGCGGGUUCCCCCUCUGGCAGGUCUGAGCAUUCCGGGGGCCACCGGGCAGCGAACGGGGCCACGCGUACGCCCCCGGCACCGUCCACAAGUGGGCGGGGGCGUUUGUACGGAAAUGUCAAAGGUACGAGUUAGUCCACAUCUAGCGGCUUCACCCCCAGGGCUGCCGCCGCCCCCCCUUCCAUCUCCUCCUCCCCCCUCCACUCACCGCUGUCACAUUCCACUGUAGCGUAACUAGUCCAGCUGGUAGCCCGCGUCCCGCUUCCAUCGCGGACCGAACGCGUCGAUUUCUCCCCCUGCCCACUGUAGUUGGUAUUGAGUUGCAUCUGUACAUUCUGGCAGUCUUCAAACAAAGAAAAGCUUGAAAAAUAUCCCUCCCGAUAGCUCCGAGGGACCAACUUUUUUGAAGCACAGAUGGAACUGUCCGUGGCUUGGUGUUCCGACAGGAACCUGACACUUAUUUUUAUACAGAGCAAAGGCUCGGGUUGCCGUGUUUGAGCAGAAGAGAAGAAGCCAAGGCCAGGGUCCGUGCAGCUCCUCCAGCGUGUCACCUUCUCCCGAGGCGGACCGAUCUGGACAGCCGACCGUGUCGUCCCGACGGCCGGCUUGGGCCCGGGUGCCGCUGGAUGCCACUCUGGGUGGCCCCGCCGCCACCGUGGUUGGCAUCCGCGUUCAGGUUGCCACGGCGUUCCCGGCCGGCUGGAGCGGGCUGACAGAUGGCUCGGAACCAAGAUGGCAGACGGACCCGGCACCGGCAAUCCGCCGGGGUCCGGAUCAGAUGCUCUGGACGCCAAGGCAAGCGGCCACGGAGGGGACACUACCAUUUUGGAUGUUUUUCACGUGAACCGGUUGAACGAGGGUCUCUCUGGAUCGACCCUCGCCGUAGGGGAAGCCAGGCGCCUCAGGCCAGUUCUUGGCGCUGCGUUCAAACACCAACCGAGUCAGGGUUUUUCUGAGGGGCGGCUGGGGGAAGGAGAGAGGAAAGAGUUGGGUUUGGAUUUUUCGGGGAGGGAGAAGGAGGGGUGUUCCUGUUUUUAUUUUGAAUGCCCUCAGAAAGGGCCUAGGUGAUGAAAAUGAAAAUCACACUACCUUGGACUCUCAUCUUUCUGGGCAUCCGUUCCGGUCCCGUGCCCGCUUUUCUUCUUGUGGCGCCGCUCGGUCGCCCCAGAGUGAGACCGAACAAAUGUAUAGAAAUAACACUAUCUGUCUGUAAAAUACUUUUUUCUUUUUUUAAAGAAAGCAUUUAUAUUUAUAUGGCCGCUUGACCUGACGAUGUUGUGUACAUAGAUCAUCCCGAAGUAUUAUUUCACAUUGAAAAGAAGACACCGUAUAUAUUGAUAACUCUAGAAGUUAUGGCCAAGAGCUUCUUUCUAGUUUUGUACGGGGGGAAAACGGUUCGGAGGCCCGGGUCCGAGAUGCUGGCGCCGGCGGCCGCCUCCUCCAACCGGCCCCGGUUUUCACCGUGGAUGGGUUCGAAGCCGCCGCCCUGGGUGAUUGUCUGUCAGGCGACACUUGCUCACAGCCGAGACUACAGACUGUUAAACUUCACGAGAAGAGCGACGACGACGACAACAGAUUACCCUUCCUCCCCUCCCCGCCGGUCUUGUCUUUCUGGGGAACGAAAUCUGGUAGGUGGAGGGCUUGGUUUUCGCUUCCGAUCCGAGCAUGGUGUGCACCGACAGGAGGACAGAGCAAGCUGGCUGGAUAGGAAAACCUUGUGUUAUUGGACUGUGGAUAUAAUUCUGAAAAGAAAAACGUUUAACCUAUUCCUCUUUUGAGCACUAAUGGAUAAAAGUGCAUCUCCUGCUCCCGUACUGUAUUUUAUAUGCAACAUAUAUGCUUUAAUAUUUUUAAUGAA